AUGAAAAUAAUCCUAGCAGGAACAACCGGCUUCGUCGGCACCGAGGUCCUCGCCCAAGCCCUCGCCAAUCCACGCAUAACAUCCCUAGUCGUCCUAUCCCGCAAACCGCUCCCGCAAUCCAUCACAGAGAAUCAAAAAGUCACCGUCAAGAUCCUAGAUGAUUUGCUUACGUAUCCGGACUCCCUCCUCGAGGAACUUGCUGGGGCGGAGGGGUGUAUUUGGUCCCUCGGCCUCGCCACAUCCCCCUCCCUAUCCCUCUACCGAAAGGUAAACCACGAAUACACGCUCGCUGCGCUCGAUGCGUUCUCCAGAAUUCCUCUGCCCCCAGGAACGGCUGUUCCAACCCCCUUUCAUUUCGUAUACUGCAGCGGCGCCGCAGCCGUCCGCGAUCCCGACCGAACCAAGACGCUGUGGUUCAUGGGGGAUAUGCGGAGAAUCAGGGGCGAGACGGAAUCCGCGCUCCUCUCAUACAACUCCAAUGUCAACUCCAGUUCCCAGACCGUGGGCCCUCUCCCAGACGGCGAGAUUUCAAGACCCCGAAGAAUUGAAAUAUCCAUCGUCCGCCCUGCAAUGGUCGUUGCAAAGGAAUGGACCCUGCAUAGUAUGCUGUUUAGUCUGGGCCCGAGUAUCCGUGUUGAUCGCGUGGCGGGGGUUAUGCUUGGGCUUGUGCUGGGGUCUUAUGCGGAUGAAAGUGAGGGGAAGGGCGAGGGUAGGGGCAAGGGUAAGGGUAAGGGCAGGCACGAGGAUGGGGAGAGUGAGUGCAGCAGUGAGGAAAAUUUCGGGGUGAGAGUGGUGGAGAAUUGGGAGAUGAACGGUUGGAGAGGGUAG